AUGGCCCAGAAAGAAGAGGCCGCUGCAGCCACUGAAGGCACUACAGCCGCUGCACCUGCCUCCCAGAAUGGGGAGGAUCUGGAGAACCUGGACGACCCAGAGAAGCUGAAGGAGCUGAUUGAGCUACCACCCUUUGAGAUCGUCAAGGGGGAGCGGUUACCUGUCAACUUCUUUAAGUUUCAGUUCCGGAAUGUGGAGUACAGUUCCGGGCGGAACAAAACCUUCCUUUGCUAUGUAGUUGAAGUGCAGGGUAAGGGAGGCCAAGUGCAAGCAUCUCGGGGAUACCUAGAGGAUGAGCAUGCAGCUGCCCAUGCGGAGGAAGCCUUCUUCAACACCAUCCUGCCAACCUUCGACCCAGCCCUGAGGUACAAUGUUACCUGGUAUGUGUCCUCCAGCCCCUGUGCAGCUUGCGCUGACCGCAUUAUCAAGACCCUUAGCAAGAGCAAGAAUCUGCACCUGCUCAUUCUGGUGGGGCGACUCUUCAUGUGGGAGGAGCCGGAGAUCCAGGCUGCUCUGAAGAAGCUGAAGGAGGCUGGCUGCAAACUGCGCAUCAUGAAGCCCCAGGACUUCGAGUACAUCUGGCAGAAUUUUGUGGAGCAAGAAGAAGGUGAAUCCAAGGCCUUUGAACCCUGGGAGGACAUUCAGGAGAACUUCCUAUAUUAUGAUGAGAAGUUGGCAGAUAUCCUGAAGUAGGCGACUGGGCUGGGACUCAUGUCUGCCUGCUGCCACCAAGAGACAGCAGACAUGUAUGGCCAUUUGGGACAUGCCUGUCUUCCUAAUACCACUCAGAACUGGACAACAUUCGGCACCAACCAAUCCUACUGGACAAGGCUCAGAGGACUCGAAAUACACCUCUCAUGCUACAAUUCAUUUUGGUGUGUGUCUCUCUCCCUAAGGCUGCUCUUAGGAAAGAGAAAAGUGAGCUGCAAGGAGAGAAAUGCAACCAUAUAUGGGCACCAGGCAUUUGUGCGGCAAAAGGUCCUAAUUACUCCCCCAAAAAGGCUGCUUAAGACAAAAAACCUCAGACCCAAGGUACAGAUCUUUGAAAUAUGUCCAGAAAUGCCCUUUAUGUUAAGUUGGGUUUCUAUUUUUUUUUUAAAAGAAAAACAACAUUAAUAAAAGAAGUGGUGUG